AGGGGUGGAAAGGGUUCCUUGACAUCUUAAUGACACCGCGUGUCGCGUGCGGGCGAGCGAGCGAGUGGCCGUGUGUUUCGAAGCGCGCGGGAGGACGCGGGCAAUUCCUGCGAACGUCGCGUUGCUACGCCGCCGUCGUGGGGCCGCGUCCCGAAACGACGGACACCAUCGCCACGCCGCUUGCACUCAAAGCGGCACCCAUGGCCGCAAAAGUGGACGACGUUGGUCGAUUUGAACCGCGACGCGACUUCGUUGCACAGGACGAGAUAUGGAAACGUCACGUUCAUGCUGAAGUGGAAGCGGCAAAGAGGUGGCCGAAGACGUGGGGCUUUCUGACUGCCUCUCCGCAGGAGCUGCUUAAAUAUGAAAUCCUCCGUGUGGAGAGUAAGUCGAGAGAUGAAAUUCCAGGUGACGACCAUGCGACUCCUGCCACUCCAUCCAAAUCAGCAGAGCAGCAGCGGCAGCAGCAACGGGAGGUGGUGGACGCCGCCCCCGUGGGUCUACCACGCACCUCGCAGGGAGUCAUCGGCUGGCAGUUGGAUGGGCCAGGGCCGCCCCUCGACCACUACGGCCCCCGCGCCCGCGGGAAACGCGACCUCUGCAAGAUGCUCAAGUGGCCGCGGGAGGGCUUCGAUUAGCCACGUGCACGCGGGCAAGUGGCUCGCACGAGGCCAACGCAUGUCGAGCAAAAGCUGAGCCGCCCCGAGUAUCAGAAUAUUUAUUUAUCCCGGGGGAAUCCGAUGAGCUAAAGCACUCUUUUUCACAGAUGUCCAGUAGUCCAGUAGUUUUCACAAAUCCGAAUAAACACAAGUAACUAAAUAACAGAAACAAGGCAAUUCAUCUAACCAGUGUCUGUCUUAACUGCAGCUCUGUUCACUUAUUUCACUAAAGCUCUAUUUUGUUGUCUCUAUUUCUUGUUGUUGGAAGGGCGACUGGCCUCCAACUGCCCAGUAGCGGCGUUCUUCAUGAGCUUCCUCUAAAGAUUUCCCAGUGGCACACGCAUCAAGCUUCCUGUACUGGUGGUCAGGGUGCUGGGGUAAAUCGGACGCGUGCCUCUUAUCAACCAACAUUCAGUUAAAGCUGAGUUGUUUUUAUUGUCUAUAAUCGAUAAUAAUCGUUCGACGAAUCGAUUAGUGAGAAAAGUAAUAGAUUACUGGGGAAGCUCGUUAUAUAAUCGAAGCAAAUGCCCAUCCAUAGCGCCGGCUUCUUCUCUUCACGAUUAUCAGCAGAGAGGUGUAGCCAACUGAAUAGACCCUGGGAGAAUUAAUCAAUCUUAUCAGCUAACCUCUUCAUAAAGAUGUGUUAAGUACGAAGUGAAUGUUUUUAUUUGAGUGUCUUAUUGCCCUCAUCUGCUAUGCAAAAUCUGUGGAGGAACAUUUUUGAGAUUUUUUGACAAUAUUAUUGCAGUGCAGCGUGCAUUUUGAGAUUUCAAUACAGAUUCAUGAAUUAGCUAUCGUGUCACUUUGCAACUCGUUCGUGUUUUUCCUUGGGUUAUUUUCCCUUUCGGAGGUGUAACGAUGCAUUGUCGGCUCAUACAUUAACAUUGGUCCUGCGCUUACAAUAAACGAUGGAUUGCAGGUGUACAAAUUCAUCUUUGUAUUCGUAUAUGUGAUACAGCGUGGGCUCACAUGAGUCCUGUGGCAGCGAGACGCCGUUACAUUUACUUUCUUGUGAGAAAGAAUUUGUUCUCAACUGAAACUGCGAUUACAGAUGAUGACAAUUUAUCGAAUUGCCGCGGUGAAGAGGGUAGCGGUGUGGUGAAGCGUUACAACUCGACCUUAACAUGCUCAUGGAAAUGGUACGUUUGGCAAUUGUGGAUAUCAAGAAUGUGGAUGCCACCUUUGCAAAUGAUCUCAUAUCUUCUUCUUGGUUCUUUCGGUA